AUGCCUUCAUGCAAUCACUCCAUUCCUCAGCCCACGAUAUUCACCCUGGCUGGAAUCCCAGGCUUGGAAUCCUCUCAAGGCUGGUUUUCUGUACCCUUUUUCUUGAUAUUUGUAAUAACUAUCAUAGGAAAUAUCACCAUCUUAAGUAUCAUUUGGAUAGAGAGGAGUCUCCAUGAGCCGAUGUUUCUUCUCUUGGCUACACUAUCAGUUGUGGACCUAUGUCUAGUUAUAGUCACUGUACCACGAAUGUUAGGAAUCUUCUGGAUGAAUGCCAAAGAAAUCAGCUUUGAUGCCUGCCUCACACAAAUGUUUUUCAUCCCUUCCUUUUAUGUAAUGGAAUCAGGAAUCCUCUUGGCCAUGGCUUUUGAUAGAUUUGUGGCUAUUUGUUAUCCUCUGAGGUACACAACCAUCCUUGAUAACAGCAUGCUUCUGAAGAUGGUACUAGCUAUACUGGCAAGAGCAGUGACAGUGCUGACCCCUGCACCCAUCCUGACAAAAAGACUGGAACAAUUCCAAACCAAGGUCAUUGCUUACUCCUACUGUGCCUACAUGGCUCUGGUGAUGAUUGCUUGCGGAGACAUCACCAACCACAUUGUUUAUGGCCUGCUGGUUAUUGUAGCAUCUGUGGGUGUUGAUCUAGUUUUUGUCAUUUUGUCAUAUAUACUAAUCCUCCAUGCUGUCUUUCAUAUUCCAUCUUGGCAAGCCCGGAGCAAAGCUCUCAGCACAUGUGGUUCUCAUCUUUGUGUCAUUGGUCUGUUUUACUCACCAGUUGUCUUUUCUGUCUUAUCUCAGAUUUUAGGGUACCAUAUGGCUCCCUAUUUACAGAUUAUAAUAGACAAUUUGUAUUUCCUGGUGCCUCCCAUGGUCAACCCCUUAAUAUAUGCAGCACGAACCAAACAGAUGCGGGAGUGGGUGUUUCAGGUUCUCAGCUGUCACAGAGAUUGA